AUGUAAAAGGUUGAUUUAGCUGUGGAUGAGUCUGCGCUGCGGGCGAUGGAGCGCGAGAGCCGAAUAUUCAACACUAGAGGCCGAGUGAUCGGCGUUGACCUGCGUGUGCUACGAAAACAGCAGGAGGAGAAACCAGAGCGACUGAAGAUGGAAAAACAGCGAGAUAUGGCUCGUGAUUUGUUGCGCUUAUCCCUGGAUGAAAUUGCAAUGCAACAGAAAAAAGAGGAAGAACAGUUGCGAAGAGAGUUGGAUCAGGAUUUGGUACAUAUAGAGUGAAAAAAAAAACCUUCUGAGGACAGUCGUGAUGCAGAUAUCAAUUAUGGCCGACAGGGGGCGCCAAAUGUCAGUAUUUCUGUCUCUGAAUCAGCAUUGGGACCCGCCAGCAUGCAAGUGUUUUUGGGAGAAGGAAUUAUUGAGAAUGAAAAAAAGAGAGCUCAGAUGGAAAUGAGCGAGAGAAACCUGAGAGCUCAAAGGGAGGAGAGGGAGAAACAAGAAAGGGAACAGAAAAACAUAGAGCUGCUUACUGGCAGGGAGUUGGUGGAAAAAGACCUCAGGGCAGUGCAGCUGAACGGCCUGGAGGAGGAGUGCACAAGAGCAACCCACAUUGCACUCAGUCAUUACAAUCAAGCUCAGGCUGAGGAGAGGAUGGAAAGGGAGCAACAAGAGAGACUGAGGAGAGAGGGAGAGGAGCGGUACAUGGUGACCUCUGACCUCCUGAUGGAGCGACCAGAGGCUGCAAAGAGAGAAACCGAAUCCUCAGCAGAGGGUCCACAAGUCCUGACUGACCGCUGAAAGGGCAUGACCCCACAGCAGAUCAGUGAUAUCCACAGAAAGAGAGAGGAACAGUGUUUGGAGAAAGAGAGACUAAAAGAGAUGAAGAGGCAGAGAAAUGUGGCCUGGGAUUACCAUCUGACAGAGCAGGCCAGACAGCAGGAGAGAGACGAGAAAAGAGACAAGGAGCUGCAGAGAGAGAGGAGAAAUCAGCUCUAUAAAUACAAUCAACAGCUGACACAAGAGCAGCAAACGCACCAACACUACCUGGACAAGCAGCUCUAUACAAACCGUCCCACAGUUCAGUACUUCACCCAGUUUGGCACAAGCUCUCGAUAAAGCACCAUCCCACUCCAUCCUCUCAUCUGAUCAUUCUCCUGCACGAGAAAUAAAGUGGUACUGAAUUUC